GUCGGCAAGUGCUGCGACUCUACACCAUCCUUUACCAACGAUGAAUGCUGUUAUUCCUGGACAGCACCUCAAAGAGUUCUCCCGCAUCCUCGUUUGCCUCUCCAAACUCGGCGAUGAAGUCACCAUCGAGCCCAAGGGUGGCAAGCUCAUGCUUUCAUCUCUCAACUCGUCCAAAUCGGCCUUUGGCAUGGUAGUGCUCCAUGCUACAAAGUUCUUCGACAGAUAUGACUUCAACGACCGUGGCGACGAAGGGGGGAUGACUUGUAGAGUGAAUUUGCGGCUCCUCCUAUCUAUCUUCCGCUCACGAAAUAUCGAAGCUCGGGACAACAAAGACAUGUUUGUCGAAAAGUGUGAGCUUCGCAUGGUUGAUUCAUCCUCCAAUGGAGAGUCCCGCCUCAUCGUUCGUCUCAUCUGCAAGCACGGCGUUCUCAAGACCUACAAGCUCACAUACGAAGCGGCAAACCCGAUGCAUGCUGUCAUGGAUAAGAGUAUGUGUAAUGCUCAUUGGCGGAUAUCCAGCAAGAUGUUGCGGGAGUACUCGGAGCACUUUGCUAAUAAGGCGGAGGAGCUUACCUUCGCUGUGGAUGAGCGCGGCAGGAUCAUUUUGACGUCCUUCACCGAAGGGUUGGUUAGUGAAAGCGAGACCCUUCGUCAACCUAUUCAGACCACCCUUUCCCUCGAUCCUUCCGAGUUUGACGACUUCUCUGUGCCAGCAUCAACGCAAUUCACACUGACACUACGCGAAUUCAAAGCAAUUAUCGGCCUCGCAGACUCCUUCAACCCACCAUUACCGCUUUCUGCGUGCUACAGUACAUCCGGCGGUCGUCCAGUCAACUUCAGCUUCGAAAAGCCAGAGCAGGGAGUCGUCGGUGAAUUCAUCGUCUCCACCAUCGCCGAAGGAAGCAGUACCCAAAACGGCAGUUCUAUCGGCAGAGGAAGCGGAUGGACUAGUGUCAAUGCCUCGGUACCGAUCAGACGACUUGAAACCAGUCGGAGCUUCGUGGACAGAGACGAAGCUGAGGCCCACGCGCGGAAUCAUGACCCAAGCUUGGAUCUCGGUGGUGAUUCCCACAUGACCGGUUACAACCAGGACUCAAUGCUAGAUGAAACACCUUCACACGAAGAUCAACUCGGUUGGCAUGCCACCGACACCCACUCCGACCGUAGGAUGUCACCCGCUCGGUCAACGAUGCCACCACCCUCCAACCUCCCUUCACGGAAUGUUACGCGGGAUAACCAAGAACCGCUCUUUUUACCCGCUGAUCAAGACGAUGAGGAUGAGGCGACGCGAAAGUUGGCGGAGGAUAUGGAUGAGGAUGAGGUUGGUCCCACGCAGGGUGCUACGCAGAAAGUGAGGGGUGUUUUUGACUGAGGGAGCGGAUGUAUGCUGCGAAUUUUUCACAUGGAUAGUUGUUAUGGACUUAUUAGAGUGUAUCUUAGAUAUGGCGGCGUUCAUUUGACUUGGGAAAUAUACCUGUUGGGGGUUGGGUUAGGGGGGGGG